CUCCCUCCAUACAAAUUACAAUUACGAAAAAUGGAUCGUGCCAUGUCUAUCCAAGCCUUUGCUCACAGCUUAUUCAUUCUCAUUGUUUUACUCUUCCCCUCAGCAAUGUCUGAGGAGUUUGACUAUGAUCCUUCAAGUCCAAAUGGCCCCUCUAACUGGGGAAAUACGUGGCCUUUGUGUAGAGAUGGAACCAGACAAUCUCCUAUUAACCUAUUCACGGCGAAUGUUGUCCUCGGUUCUGGGAUUCAAAGGAACUAUCAACCUGCCAACGCCACUCUUGUUACUUCCGAACAUGACGUAAUGAUAAACUGGACUGAGAAUGCAGGGUAUAUUACAAUUAACGGAACUCAAUACAACCUACUACAAGCUCAUUGGCACUCUCCCUCUGAACACAAAAUCAACGGCAUAAGGUAUGAUCUAGAGUUACACAUGGUGCAUAGAAGUUUAGCUGGAAAUAUUGCAGUGACUGGAGUUGUAUCGAAGCAUGGGAAUCCAGAUAGCUUCAUUGCAACGAUAGGAGAUGAGUUACAGAUUCUGGCUGAAAACCAGACGAGAGAAAUACCAAUAGGUGUUGUUGAUCCAGAUGAUGUAGCAGGGAUAACAGGAAACAAGUAUUUUAGAUAUAAUGGUUCUCUUACAGUUCCUCCUUGCAAUGAAAAUGUUCUUUGGACUGUUUUCACUGGAGAGGGCAAAACAGUCUCAAGGGCGCAAAAAGAGUUGAUUCGAGCAGCAGUUGAUGGAGCCGGUGAUGAAACAUUUGAGAAUGCUAGACCAGUGCAACCAAGAAACAAUCGUCCAGUGAAACUCUACUUACAUACAAAUGGAAAUUGAAGCACGCUUUUGUUUGAGGCAGUUCACAAUGUAACACAUUAGGUUAAAAUAAACAUUGUCAAACAACUGCACCAACAAUACUAAAAAUAAUGUCAUUUAUGUUCUCGACAAUGAUGAGUAAUGAAUUACUACUUUUA